GGAUUAAAACACACAAAAGAAAAAACAAACUGCAGCUGGAAAAUAUUCAAGCUGACCCAAAUAAAAAAAGAAGCUUAAUUAAAAUAUAUUCAUUAGCCUUUGUGAAAUGUUCUGCUGCCUGCGCACGUGCUUCAAUGGGGGGCAGCUGCGAAAGCCAACGUCAGCAGCGCAUCGUCUCAGGGAGCCCGAAGUGCACCUAGAUGCGGCGCAUAUGGGCCCCGAUGUCAUAUUGCUGUCGCAUCAGCUGCGUGUAACAGGCACAGGCGGUGUACUGGCCACUGCGCCCCUGGUGCAGUCCAAAUCCUACUUCGAGGUGAAGAUCCAACAGAGCGGCAGCUGGUCAAUUGGCCUGGCCACGCGUCAUGCGGAUCUCACACGCAAGUGGGGCGGCGGGGAUCGUGAAUCCUGGUGCCUGUGCUCCGACAAUGCGACACGCCACAACGACGAAGAGUUCCGACCCGUUGUGGCCAACUGCAAACAGCCAACGGGUGCCGCCAAGUCACCCGCCGCCGCGGUCACAUCCACUGCCAAUGGUAUAUUAAACAAUAGCGCUGCCGCUGCAGCAGGCCUGAUUGCAAUUGAGGAUCUGCAAGAGGAUCUGCUGAUGACCACUGGCGUUGAGACGGCGCCAGAGCUGAGGACGGUGGAUGCUUUGAUCAGUGCACCGCAACGUGACUAUCCUGACGAGGGCGACAUACUCGGCGUGGCCUUCGAUCAUGUCGAAUUGAAUUUCUAUUUCAAUGGCAAAAAUCUGGAAGUGCCUUUUCGCAAUGUACGCGGCUCGGCACUGUUUCCGGUCAUCUACGUGGGCAAUGGCGCCAUACUGGACAUUAUUCUGGAUAAUUUUACGCACGGUCCGCCCUCGGGAUUUGAGCGCAUCUUACUGGAGCAGUCACUACUUUAGAGCAUCGGCUCAAAGUCACAUGCCAUGAACAAAAUAGCAGGCUACGGGUUUUCUACUGCCAGCUCCUGCUUCAAAAGUAUUGAAAAUUAUUUCUAGUCUCGCAGCCGCAAAUGUUGACGCCAUGAAUCGAUUCUCAAAUCAAAUUAAAAAUCACAGGCUCGUUUUCUCUAUGUCCGUUGAAAUUGAAAUUCCCAUCUGAUUGUUCCCAUUGUUAACUAGCACCAAACUUGCGGUUAAAUAUCUAGCGAAUCAUCUGCUAAUUCAGUCCUAAUUUUUCUACCAUGUGUUUUGUUCUCUGACAAUUCUCUUGUUGUCCGAACUAAUCGGAAAAUAUAGCAAAUCUACAGCUAUACUCUCUUCACAAAUUUUAUACACUGUUCCCUCCUGGUAAAAUAUGCAUAACAUAUGUAAAAGUCAUUUUGUUUGAUGCCUUUAAAGCGAGAUAUUUGGUAGUUAUCUUAUAAAUACCCGCGUCAGCUAGAUUAGCUAGUUAGUCACGCCAAUCCUAGUCCUCGUUAAUACCCUAAAUAGUUAGUUUCUGCAGGUAAGUCACAAUAUUUGAUAAGCAGAAGGAUGAUCUCAUUUAUCGAGCAUUAGAACAAAUAAAUAGCAGUACAUUUAUAUGGGCCAGUGUUGAUAAGCACGUGCUUGUUCUGACUGUUUGAACUUUUCGCAACACAAAUCUUGGGAAAACGAGCCUUGAAAUUAAAAUGUCCAAUCAAUCAACAGUUUCAAAGCAAUUUCCACACAUUUCUUAUUAAUGAAGACUUAAAUAAUUUAACUAUAGCAUAUGGGAGUUAAUUCAUGUCACAUUUGCGGCUGAAACAAUUUUGCGUAUUAUUUAAAUUUUUGAAUGUAUGUUUUGUAAAUUAUUAAAACGUAGCUAGACCUUGCGACUGCUUUGUAUAAUACACCACUCUAUAGACUAUAUAAUAAUAAAAUAUUAUAUUUUCUUUCGUACAUUCCCAUUAUACAAAAAAAAAAUCUACAAGAGUUAUUGGACUAUAGCCUAACUUUAU